AUGGGGGACCCCGGCCCGCCGCCGGCCCCCAGCCGCAGCCCCAGCCCCGGGCCGCCGUGGUCCUUCCCCUCGCCGGCAGCCGCCUCCCGUUCCUCCUCCUCCUCCUCCUGCCCCUUCUCACCCACCGCGCCCGGUUCCUCCGCACUGUUCCCGGCGCAUCCCCGCGGCGCGCAGGAGGAGCGGCCGCCGGUGGUGACACAGCAGCAGCCGGGCGGCGAGAGGCUGGGCAGCGGCCCCGCGCCGGGACACCCCCCUCCCGGCCACCCCUCCUCCGACUUUAAACCCGCUCUCGGCCCCCAGCAGGAUUUAAACAAGCAGCAACCGCAGCAGCAACCGCCGCCUCCUCCUCCGCCGAGCCAGAAGAGGAAAGAGUUGAAGCCGCCGCCGCUCAGCCCAGCCCAGCUCGGCGGCAGCCACCCCCCCGACUAUCAUCGCCACCCCCCUCAGCAGCAGCAGCAGCAGUUCAGCCGCCCCACUGACAAGUACCGGCAGCAGGAGCGCAGGCAGCAGCAGCAGCAGCUCCAGCUCCUCGGCGCUCGCCCCCCGGAGCCGCCGCCGAGCCUCGGGCCCCUCAGCGCCGCCGAGCGCCGGGCGGGCUCCGAGCGGGGCGCCCCUUCCCGCGCGGGGGGACCGGCGCCCGCCGACCCCGAUGUGGGGGUGGCCGCCGCCGCCUCCUGCGUGAAUCCGCCGCCGUCUCCUCCUCGUCCGCGGGCGAGAGCCGAGCCGCCCCCCAUGGAGUCCCCCCCGAACAGCCACUUGCUGGGCAGCCCCGGGACCCUCCUGCCCGGCGGGCUCGGCUCCGGCUUCAGCAGCCUGCAGAGCCCGGAGAUCCCCAGCCCCCAUCACCAGAGCGGGGGCGGCUCCUCCUCGGCGGCUUCCCCUCCUCCUCCGCCGCUGCCCGGCUUCGGCACCCCCUGGUCGGUGCAGACCUCGUCGCCGCCUCCGCAGCAGACGCAGCAGCCUCCGGUCUCCAGCGGCGGAGGGCAGAUCAGCGCCAUGCCGCCGCCGAGCCCGGAGUCCGAGACCAGCUUCUACCCGGGGAUCCCGUCGUCCAUCAACCCCGCUUUCUUCCAGAGCUUCUCGCCGGUGUCUCCUCACAACCCGUGCGCCGGGCCCUUCAGCAGCCCCUUCUCGGCCGCCGCCCCCCCGCCGCCGCCGCCGCCGCAGAUGAAUUUACCUCAGCAGCAGCAACAGCAGCAGAACCGGAGGUCCCCGGUGAGCCCGCAGCUCCAGCACCAACACCAGGCGGCCGCCGCCGCCGCCGCCUUCCUGCAGCAGCGGAACUCCUACAACCACCACCAGCCUCUUCUGAAGCAGUCACCCUGGAGCAAUCAGAGUAGUGGCUGGAGCACAGGAAAUAUAUCCUGGGGAGGAAUGCAUGGCAGAGACCAUCGUAGAACUGGAAACAUGGGAAUUCCAGGAACUAUGAACCAGAUCUCUCCUUUGAAGAAACCCUUUUCUGGUAAUGUCAUAGCUCCACCUAAAUUUACUCGCUCCACUCCAUCACUGACUCCAAAAUCAUGGAUUGAAGAUAAUGUUUUCCGAACUGACAACAACAGUAAUACUCUCCUUCCCUUGCAGGAUCGAAAUAGAAUGUAUGACAGUCUGAAUAUGCACUCUUUGGAAAACUCCCUUAUUGACAUUAUGAGAGCAGAGCAUGAUCCACUUAAAGGUCGCUUGAGUUAUCCACAUCCAGGGACUGACAAUCUUCUGAUGUUAAAUGCAAGGAGUUAUGGGCGAAGACGAGGCCGUUCUUCCCUCUUCCCGAUAGAUGAUGGUUUGUUGGAUGAUGGUCAUAAUGAUCAAGUUGGAGUCUUAAAUUCACCUACCUGCUAUUCUGGUCAUCAGAAUGGGGAACGAAUUGAGCGUUUUUCUCGGAAAGUGUUUGUCGGAGGUCUUCCACCAGAUAUUGAUGAAGAUGAAAUUACUGCUAGCUUCAGACGAUUUGGGCCUUUGGUAGUAGAUUGGCCUCACAAAGCAGAAAGCAAGUCCUAUUUUCCACCAAAAGGUUACGCAUUCCUCUUAUUCCAAGAAGAGAGUUCUGUCCAGGCACUGAUUGAUGCCUGUAUUGAAGAAGAUGGAAAGCUCUAUCUAUGUGUUUCCAGUCCUACUAUCAAGGACAAGCCAGUUCAGAUCCGUCCCUGGAAUCUCAGUGAUAGUGAUUUUGUGAUGGAUGGUUCGCAGCCACUUGAUCCUCGGAAAACAAUUUUUGUUGGAGGAGUCCCUAGACCAUUAAGAGCUGUGGAAUUGGCAAUGAUCAUGGACCGUCUGUAUGGUGGAGUUUGUUACGCAGGAAUUGAUACUGACCCUGAGCUGAAAUACCCAAAAGGUGCUGGACGUGUUGCUUUUUCCAAUCAGCAGAGUUACAUUGCUGCCAUCAGCGCUCGGUUCGUUCAACUUCAGCAUGGCGAUAUAGAUAAACGAGUGGAGGUAAAGCCAUAUGUGUUGGAUGACCAGAUGUGUGACGAAUGCCAGGGCGCACGAUGCGGUGGAAAGUUUGCUCCUUUCUUCUGUGCCAAUGUCACUUGCCUGCAGUAUUACUGUGAGUUUUGUUGGGCAAAUAUCCACUCCCGUGCAGGACGUGAAUUCCAUAAGCCAUUGGUAAAGGAGGGGGCUGACCGCCCGCGUCAGAUCCACUUCCGCUGGAAUUAAACAUGGUGAACCAGCAUCUACAUAAGGAAAGAAGGGUGCAUGUGGCUUACUGUGUUUGAAGAUACUGACAUGCAGAAGAAAUAAGUGCAUUCUUCUGCUUUUCACCCCAGCUAUCAAUACAUGCAUCUUUAUCAGCAGCCAAAACACUACAAGCCUCUUGUUUUUCACCAAAACCCUACAUCUCAGGCUUACUAAUUUUUGUGAUAUUUUCAUGUUAAAAUAAAAUGUUUUUUUGUAUUUUCUCCAAGUUAUUUUUAUAUGUAAAGUUAAAACUAGAUAUGAGAAUGUUUUUGCGUAGGGGCACACAGUCUGCUGCUAUAUUUAGUGGGUGAAGCGUGCACUUAUUUCUAAACAUGGGUUUUUAACUUCAAGAUCUGCCCCAGUAAUUUACCAAAGGUAGCAAAAUAGUGAAGAUGGAAUAUGUCUGCUACAAAAAGCUUAUUUUUAUUGUUGUUGCUAUUUUCAGUGUAUACAUAAACUAAAAAUUAGGGUUGAUUUUUUGCUCUCCAUUUUGACUUGCAAGAAAUAAUACCUCAAGAUAAUCUGAUUUAUUAGCUAUUUUUAAACAUUUUUAAUCACAAGCUGUAUUAGCUUUGCUGCUAUAUAGGUGUUAUGUGUAAUGCCACCUAUUAAUACGGGAUUGAAACGUUUAAGACACACUGCAUUACAGAUUAAAUGCAGGCAGCACAAUAUGGCUUAAACUGCCAUAGUUUUAGAAUGUGAAAAAAUUGCAUGUUUACUUACCUGUAUAAACCAUAUGCAUGCACUAGAACUAUUAAUUAACAAGAGGUGAGUUAUUGCAGAUGUUCAAAAAAGGCUCUCUUGAAACUAGGUAGCAUGAGCAAAUUUACAAAAUUUGUUACAAAAAACAAACUUGCAUGCAUUAUUGUGACUGAAGUAAAAAGAUGUCCUACAUGUGUACAAUAUGCAAAUUAGUUUUAGACUAGAAGUGCAGCCAUUUUGUGACCUGGUCAGUAGUGGAAUUCAAUUUUAUGCAGACUGGAUGUAAUAUUGUAAUCCCUGUGCAAUUUUGUGACGUGUGCUUCUAAUUAAUGUGGCGUGUCGUAGCGUAGAUUCGAGUUUGAGUACGAAGCUAGCAUUUAACCAGUUCUUUUCAACCCCCUUGAUUGCUCAUGGUUGAGAUUUCCUCUACAAACCAAAGAUGGCCAGCACACUGCUAACCAGUCACCAAAUGUGAAACCCACGGCAAAUACGUACAAAAAUAUGUAAGAAUGCCUAAUGCUUUAGAAAUCAAAUCUAAGUAAAGUCAAAAUGGAGAAGGUGUAAUAUACAGACGGCUAGUUGCAUAACAAACUCAAUUUUACCUUUAAGACAACAGUGAAAUUUGGCUUGAAAUCUCGCUUACAUGUUUGACCUGUGUGCGUUGUGGUCUUCUGUCAAACUGGGGUCACUGUUGCAUGAGAAGUAGCUGCUUGACAGUCGAGGACCGUGCUUUUGUUUCAAUGAAGGAGUUCUAGUGAUGACAUUGCUUGCAGAUUUCGAAAAACGCCGUUAGGACAGAGGCAAUAUUUAACUGAGCACCAAGAGAAAACCGUAGUAGCGUUUGCUUCUAUCUCAGAGCAUCCUAAUGCAACUAGGCCCGCCUUGUGAAUGGGACGCAGCUAUUCUGCAGUCUGAGCGAGCGCUCAGUGGCAAAUGUCAAAGUGCAGAAGUAAGAGCCUGAUGCUAGAGUUGAAAUUACGAGGGCGUUGCUCCUGGCAGUCCCUCGGGACAAUCCUUCACGUAAUAAGCAAAGUGUUGAUCUUAUCUUGGUUGUCUAUGGUGUGCUUUUUUGUACUGUACAACCUGUGGUUCAUGUCUAACUCUGCUGUUUUAUUGUGGUUGUGGUUCAAGUUUUUAAUGUUUAAAGUUGAUGCUGUUUUAAGAAGAGCUUUUUACUAAUUUAUUUGUCGAUGUUCCCUAUUUGUUACCUAACCAUAAUCCUCCAGAUUUUUUGGAGUAUUCUUUUCUAACCUUAACCCUGCCAAACCUUGAUCCAUUUUGACAUUUGUUAUGCACUAUUUUUAUAUCUCUGUGAGAGAUUUUUCCAACAGUCAGCUAUUUUAAGGCACACUUUUUUUGACUGAUGACAUCUCCUUUGCUAUACCUCAAUUUUUGGAAUUUAGAAAAGAAAUCGGUAGUUUUGCAAUGUUAAUUAUUUAGAUAUAAUUUAAUUCUGCAGAUUUUUUUAAACUUUAUUUUCAUAUUUUCUGCUUAACGUUGAAAAUUGAAGAGCCUUUAAAUAUAUUAAAUAACGAACACUAACACGAAAACGGGAGAAAUUGGAAGUAAUUGGAGAUGUUGCAAACGGCUUCCCCUGUUUCAGUGGAGCGACGUGAGUGAGUCGCAGGGGACAAACAGGGAAGCCCUUCCUUGGCAUGGGUAAAAGUAACUGCAAUGCCUGAUUUACCUGUCCCUUCAUUUCUGGAGCUGCCCGACUGACGCUUGUCGCGCCCUGCACCACCUCCUUUUUGUUGUUUUCUUUUGUUCUCUUUUUUUUUAUCGACUGAGUUCUUGUUUUCUAACUGUUGAACACUGUAUUUGAGUUGGUUUUUUUUUUUU